CUGCAGGGCCUCAGUCUGGGACCAAGGGGACAUCUGAGUGGACAUAUCCAAGAGUGUCCCUCACUGCCUACAAGAUUCCCAGCUUCCAGCUUCCGGGAAACGGUGGGGAAAAGUGGCUUUGGGCCUCUCAACCCUUUGCCCUUGUCUCAUUCCUUGGAUCAACUCCUGCCUGCCUCCCCCCCUAGCCAAGUUGUGGCGCCAGAAGUCGUCGCUGGAGCCACCGUGCCAGUGAGAGCGCAGAGCCGGGCCAAGGGGGCCAUGUCCACCAAGGUGCCCAUCUACCUGAAGCGCAGCGGCCGCAAGGGCAAGAAGGAGAAGCUUCGGGACCUCCUGUCCUCCGACAUGAUCAGCCCUCCGCUGGGGGACUUCCGCCACACCAUCCACAUCGGCAGCGGCGGUGGGGACGACAUGUUUGGGGACAUCUCCUUCCUGCAGGGCAAAUUCCACCUCCUGCCCGGUACAGCAGGCGAAGGUCCAGAAGAUGGCCCCCUGGAGCUGCCCUUCCCAUUCAUGCGCACAGCCACGGUGUUAGGUCAGGGGCUGCCGGACGGGCCGUCCCCGCUGCUGAAGAACGCCAUCUCUCUCCCGGUCAUCGCUGGCCCCCAGGCCCUCACCCUGCCGCUGGCCCAGGCCCCACCCAAGCCCCCUCGGCUGCACCUGGAGACCCCCCAGCCCUCCCCACCGGAGGCUGAGGGUGUGGACCUCUGGAGGACUCCCGAGGCUAGCCACGCUCACAAUGGGCUGACCCCCACGUCGGAGGCUGAGGAGGCUAGCCACGCCCACAAUGGGCUGACCCCCACGUCCGAGGCGGAGGAGCCCUUCCUGUCCCAGGCCAGCUCCCUGCUCUCACUGCACGUGGACCUGGGGCCCUCCAUCCUGGACGACGUGCUCCAGGUCAUGGACCAGGUCCCCUCGUAGCGGCCAGGCUGGCCGGAGGCUGGGCCGUGUGUGGGCGCAGCCUGACCUCGGAGACAGGCCCCAGGGCCUGCUGUGUACUUGGUUACCUGCCAGGGCCUCACCCCGUGGGCAGACUGCUGCAGCUCCCCCUAACAACCCACCAAGGACAGGGGUCAGGGCAGCAGCCCAGAGCCCUGAGCCCCGCAAACCCAUCAGCUCCUCCCUCCCUCAGCCCACCUGACUCAGAUGACAUGGACUCCUGGGGCUGGGAGCGUCACACAGAAACAGAAGGUGCCCUGCUUUGUCCCCUCCCUGACCCUCCUCCCAUGUGACAGACUUGGGGGAUCUGGUUGCAAUAAAACUGGCGGCGGCUGGUGGCUAGGCACCUUG